AUGGGGGACACUUGGAACCAUAACAUCAGCUCUUAUAACCGGUCCUCUACGGACCCAGACCGCUUCAGCAGCCUGGAGGACAUAGAUAUGACCGCCGACGGCAGUCCAGCGCUUCGAAUCAUGAUAUCAAUCGUGUAUUCUGUGGUUUGCGCAGCGGGUUUGGUGGGGAAUUUGUUAGUCGUUUUCUUAAUGAAAGUGAGACGAGGAAGAAAAAGGUCCACCAUACACUUUUUUGUUCUUAAUCUGGCGAUGACGGACUUCCAGUUUGUCCUGACCCUGCCUUUCUGGGCGGUGGACACUGCUCUGGACUUCAGCUGGCCGUUUGGGAACGCGAUGUGCAAGAUCAUUCUCUCCGUCACUGUUAUGAACAUGUACGCGAGUGUGUUCUUCCUCACUGCUAUGAGUGUCACGCGCUACUGGUCCGUUGCCUCGGCUCUAAAGGACCGCACUAGACACAGAUAUUGUUCGGUGAGAUGGGUAAGCGCAGUGCUCUGGGUCUCUGCUACUGUGGCCACCGCGCCAACGGCUAUUUUCUCCAAUAUGACAAACAUCGCUGGGGAGAAGCUCUGCCUUUUGCGGUUCCCGGAGGGCCAGCACUGGCUGGCUUUAUAUCACUUACAAAAAAUCAUAAUUGCCUUUGUUUUCCCCAUGCUCAUAGUAACCAUUUGCUAUUUGAUGCUCCUACGAUUCGUUCGCCUGAGGAGUAUGAACAACAACCAUCCUAAACGGAGUAACAGAGUCACUAGAUCCGUUACCAUUGUGGUUCUUUCAUUCUUUUUAUGUUGGAUGCCAAAUCACGCCAUCACUUUCUGGGGCGUCCUGGUCAAAUUUAAUGUGGUGAACUGGGACAAGUCUUAUUAUAUGGUUCACACCUAUGUUUUCCCUGUGACCGUGUGCCUGGCACAUGCCAAUAGUUGCUUGAACCCAAUUUUAUAUUGUCUCAUGCGAAGAGAGUUCAGGAAAAUGCUGAAGGAUUUAUUCUGGCGGGUUUCCUCACCGGCGAACAGCUGCCAAAUACGUCCCUUUUCUGCAACUCUAAAAGCCUCUGUCCACGGUGACACCCAAAUACCUUUGAAUGUCAUAGACACCGACCUCUGUCAACUAUCCGUUGUAAAUGGGCAAUGUGACGCAUUAGCGGAGGACAGCCAACCAUAA